UUGGGUUGGGUUGUAGGUUCGUUUGGCACUGGGGUAGGUCGUUGACAAUCUGUUAGUUUUCGGUUCUUGUCAAAAGCUGUUCCUGAUCUGAAAAGUUUUGUAGCUUGCUUUCCGCUUGUAUCUGUGCGUGCGUUCGUUCAUUCGUUCGGUCGUUCAUUCGUUCGGUCGUUCAUUUCGUCCGUUGAUUGUAUAGCAUAGCGAAAUGAUGAUGAUGAUGAUGUUUUCGGCUAUGUAUCGUAGCAGAGGCGAGCCUCUCUGAUUUGUUCGCUGUUCGCGCCAAUCUCGGAAUCCUGGAGUGCGCUCCGUUCCGUUACAUUACGUUCCGUUCCGUUCCGUCUUCUCAAAUAAGGCGUAGUCGGUCGACUGCCAUGUUGCAUUAGAGAGUCUGCCGUGUCGCAGUGUGUGUGUGAGAGAGAGAGAGAGAGAGAGAGAGAGAGAGAGAGAGAGAGAGAGAGAGAGAGAGAGAGAGAGAGAGAGAGAGAGAGGUGCUUGUUUUCCGGGGUAAGAGUGGAUGUGGGAGAGGGAGGGAAUGGGGGGCAAGAUUGAACAAAGAGUAUCACAGGAUGCGCAGGAAGGGAGUGGAGGGGCACCCCCGUACACGCGCACUGGAAAGGAGCGAGAUCUAGAGAGCUAUAGGGGGAGGGGGACAGAGGCGGAGAGGGAGAGGGAGAGAGGCGGAUGGGGAGGGAGAGAGGCGAAGAGGGAGAGGUAGAGACAGCCGGAUAGGUAUAGGGAGAUGGAGGGAGAAGGAGAGGGAGAGAGGCCGAGGGAGAGGGCGAGAGGCGGAGAGGGGGAGGGAGAGGCGUUGAGGGAGAAGAGAGGGAGAAGGAGAGAGAGGAAGAGAUGGCGAGGGAUAAGGAGAGGGAGGAAGAGAUGGCGAGGGAGAAGGAGAGGGAGAGGUGUUUGGGGGAGGCAGAAGGAGAGGAGAUGGACGAAGGGGAAGGAGAAGAGACGAGGAGGAUGAAGGAGAAUGGGAGUAGGUGCAGGGAGAAGAGGGUAGAGAGAGGAACGGGAGGCGGAGAGGGAGAGGAGGGUCAGAGGGAGAGAGGGACGAGGGGACAUGGACAGGAGGGUGGAGGAGAAGAGGUUCGGAGGGCGAGGGAGAAGUGGCGGAGAGACAUGGAGAGGGAAGUUGAGGAGGAGAGAGUAGGAGCGAGGGUGGGGAAGACGAAGCAAAGCGCAUCGAGGAGAGGAGACGAGGGGGUUCGAGGGAGGAAAUAGAGAGAGGGGGAGGGAGGAAAGAGGUGUUUUCGCUCGCCGACCGCGUGAUAUGUCGAGUUGGGUUGAUUGUAGGCGCGGAGCGGAUGAUUGGGAUGUAAAGAAGGCUUGUGUUUCAUGUUUGCUUGGUUAUCGCGAACGGCGGGGAGUGUGUGUCUGGUACAGGACACAGGUUAGCGUGUCUGCGUCUCUCACCUACACACACACAGACAGAGCAGAGAGAGAGCGAGAGAGAGAGCGAGAGCGAACGAACGAGCGAGCGACACACAGACACGAGAGAGAGAGAGAGAGAGAGAGAGAGAGAGAGAGAGAGAGAGAGAGAGAGAGAGAGAGAGAGAGGCGCCGGCGAACUGAAUGGAGCACGAGGAGAGGUAGGACAGCAGGGGUCAUGAGAUGGUUGCGCGGGAAGAGAGGCCAAGGCUUCUAUCGCAUUGGCGGCAGGGUCUUUGAAUCCAUACCAUUACCCUCUCGCUGUCGAGGCGGAACGGGGAAGAUCGGGAAGCAUGAGAAGAGAAAGUGAGAGAGAGAGAGAGAGAGAGAGAGAGAGAGAGAGAUGGAUAGAGGGCUCUUGCUCUCUGGAGACAUGGAAGUGGUGAGACAUGGGGGGGGAAGGGAGGGGGGAAGAGUAGGAAAAGCGUGCACGUGCGCUUAGCUGGCGGAGCGUAUGGCCAAUCAAGCGGAACUGGUUUCUGCGGUGAAUGGUUUUUGUCGGGUUCGCUUGCACGUGGUUGGUCAGGCAAUGUGCCACGUGGAUCUGCGUGGUUGUCGCUUUGCAAUCAUUGAGAAGGCGUAGAUGGCACGUGGGUGGUUGCCGAUUUGUUAUCACUCAAAAGACGUCUGUUUAGAGUGGUUGGUCAAUCAAUCAGCGCCAUAACCGGACAAUGUGCCAGGUGGACUGAGAGGGAUCGUCGUUAAUUGGUACUCUGCCUGAAUGUUUUCGAUCCGUGGGUGGUGGUUGCUUUGUACCCUCUGAGAAGGCCGAGAUGCAGACACUUGUCAAUCAAUCAGCUCCGUUAGACAGACAAUGUGCCAGCCGCCGUUCGACAGACAAUGUGCCAGCCGCCGUUAGACAGAGAAUGUGCCAGCCAUGUGGACUCAGACGGAGCGUCGUUAAUUGGUUGCUUCCCGCAUGCUUGCAAGCCGGGCGAUGUGCUACGUGUCGUUCGCCUUGCCACGGCUAUGAAAGAUUGUGAUUGCAAUGAGAGAGAGAGGGGCAUAAAGCAGGUGGGAUCUGUAAGUAAAGCUGUAGAGAGCAAGAGAGAGAGAGAGAGUUGUAAGUAGGACGAGUGUAAAGCGGAGAAGAGACGCGACGAACACUGUUCCCUAAUAAACUCCUUCCGAAGGU